GUACCCGAGUUUUCAUUUAUUCCUGGAAUGGUUCAGAUACAUGUCUAGAACGGUAAUGUAAUAAUCAUGAUUAACGUUAAUUAAACGUUGUAACAUGUAUACGAGGAUGUCAAAUUACCAGCUGAUUUUUAAUGUCAAAACAAAUAAAAACUAGAAUAUUUGGUUGAUAGUCGUGUGCCACUGUGCAGUAAAUAAAUUAUAUUUAGUUUAGUUUCGUAUUCAUAAGAAUAGGAGCUAUGAAGAAAGUUCAGGGAAAUGAUUCUUUUCAUCGUAUAAAUUACUUGUACCAAAUAAGUAAACACAUAGUUAAAAUAAAUCCAGCCUUAUCUUCGUACUAUGGUAACCUAAUGGUAAAUGUUGCAAAGAAGAAUGUCUUGAAAAUGCAUCCAGAUAUAAAAAGGCAGAUCUGUAAGAAAUGCCGCUGCAUUAUGAUAUUCGGAGAGACAGCUAAAAUGAAGAUAAAAACCAAGAAUAAACAAAAGAUUGUGGAAUGGACCUGCAAUACCUGUAACACUAAGAAAUCUCUUCCAGCCUCCAAAGACAAGGGCCCACUAUGGUUAGAAAGAGAAGAAGCUGUUGUUGAGGUUAUUAAUUAAUUGUGUUAAAACAGGUCACUCAGGUAUUUUAAGUCGAAAACGCUCGAAUAGCGAAUGACGUAGUGAGUGUUGUGUGCAAGUUGUGCAACCCAUUAUUUGAAAAUAAUGCCGUAAACGAGGGUAGUUUCUCGCCCCCCUUGCCGCCACUUGCGCCCGCGCCGAGUCAUCGGGCGCGGAGGGCUGCGGCCCGCAGUCUGCGCCGGUCUGUAAACGCAAGCUCCUGACGAGACUCCUCGGUACGGAGUGAAACAUGUCGAGCGUUUUCGACUUAAAAUACGUGAGUGACCCGUUUUAACAUAUUUAAUAGGUCUGUGUCUCACGGAAGUUAUGUUAUUAAAUUAUUAAGGUAAGGUAAUUGAUUGUUUAAGUAUUAAGUAAGUAAGGAAUAUCUGUUGAAAUUCAGAUUACUAAUGAGUUUCCCAAUAGCCGGGUCCACACUGCACGUUUACACUGGCCGUAUUGUGCGUGAGGAAAUUGCCUCGCGGGUAUGGUCGCUCUGUGUGGACCCCGCUAAUGGUUAUGAUUUCAUCAGCACAUGUGAUCUGUGUUGGUAUAUAUGUGGGUGGCCAAUUGUAAGAUCAGGCAGAUUGUGAUGUUCCUGAUGUGUAAUGUCGGUUGUUUCAUGUCCGAAGCGCAAACUGUCCAGAAAUAGGCGCUCCGAUAGUGGGGCUCUGUCAACUUAGGGGACGAGACAAAUAUUUUCACGUUUCACAAUAUGCCUAGGAAUUUCACGAUCUGCCUGAUCCGCCGCCUACAUAUAGAAAAUAAAUUGUAUGAAAGUAUGAAUAUAAAUGGAAAUGAUGUAUAUAAAAAUAAAAAGGUAUUUAUAGCUUUUC